AUGGCCGGAGCAAAAAAGGCCCCCUUAACUACUAGCAACAAUGCCAACAUCCCACCGCCUGAAGCAGCAGCCCCCACCGGCGGCGGCAAGAAAACCAUCGAACAAACCUACCAGAAGAAGACCCAGCUCGAGCACAUCCUUCUCCGCCCUGACACCUACAUCGGCUCCGUUGAGAAACACACCCAAAACCUGUGGGUGUACGAGGGCGAACAAAUGGUCCAGAAAUCCAUCACGUUCGUCCCUGGCCUCUACAAGAUCUUCGAUGAAAUUCUCGUCAAUGCUGCCGACAACAAGCAGAGAGAUCCUAAAAUGGACUCCGUGAAGGUCACCAUUGAUGUCGAGUCAAACUGCAUCAGCGUGUACAACAACGGCGAUGGUGUCCCCGUCGAGAUCCAUCAGGAGGAGGGCGUAUAUGUGCCGGAAUUGAUUUUUGGGCAUCUGUUGACGAGCAGCAAUUAUGAUGACAACGAGAAAAAGACGACUGGUGGGAGGAACGGGUAUGGGGCGAAACUCACAAACAUAUUCUCGACUGAGUUUGUGAUUGAGACUGCAGAUGGGAAGAGGCAGAAGAAGUACAAACAGAUUUUCUCCAGCAACAUGGGAAAGAAAUCUGAGCCUGCUAUAACAAAAUGCAAAGCGGGCGAGAAUUGGACAAGGAUUACAUUCAAGCCUGAUUUGGCAAAAUUUGGCAUGAGUUAUUUAGAGGAGGAUGUUGUUGCUCUCAUGAAGAAGCGUGUAAUCGAUGUUGCUGGAUGCCUCGGGAAGUCUGUGAAGGUGGAAUUGAAUGGACAGCUAUUUCAUUUCAAGUCAUUUUCCAGUUAUUGUGAGCUUUAUCUGAAGUCAUCAUCCUCUUCCAGUUUAGAGCCACUCCCAAGGUUUGAAGAGGAAGUACACGAUAGGUGGCAGAUUUAUAUAAGUCGAAGUGAAGGGCAAUUUCAACAGGUCAGCUUUGUAAAUGGGAUUGCAACAAUCAAGGGAGGGACUCAUGUUGAUUAUGUUACUAACAAGAUAACAAGUCACCUUGUCACGGCCCUAAAGAAUAAGAACAAGAAGAACAAGAAAUUUGACAUCAAGCCUCAUACUGUGAAGAACCAUUUGUGGGUGUUUGUUAAUUCUCUUAUUGACAACCCUGCCUUUGAUUCUCAAACCAAAGAGACUCUCACGCUGCGUGCAUCAAGUUUCGGGUCUUCUUGGGAUUUCUCAUCAAAGUUCUUAGACAAAGUGGCCAAGUCAGAUAUAAUGAAAAAUAUUGAGGAAUGGGCAGAAUUCAAGCAGAAGAAAGAACUUAAGAAAACAGAUGGAUCAAAAGACAGGAGGAUAUAUGGACUAGCCAAGUUAGCUGAUGCUAAUGAGGCUGGAGGGAGGAACUCUGAGAAGUGCACCUUGAUUUUGACAGAAGGAGACUCGGCGAAAGCACUUGCAAUUGCUGGACUUUCAGUUGUUGGGCGAGAUUACUAUGGUGUGUUCCCUUUGAGAGGAAAGUUGCUCAAUGUGAGGGAAGCAAGUCAUAAUCAGAUAUUGCAAAACGCUGAAAUCCAGAAUAUCAAGCAGAUUUUAGGACUCCAGCAAGAGAAAAAGUAUGACAGCAUCAAGUCACUGAGAUAUGGGCAUUUGAUGAUUAUGACAGAUCAGGAUCAUGAUGGUUCCCAUAUCAAGGGUCUAUUGAUUAAUUUCAUCCAUUCAUUCUGGCCAUCAUUACUCAAAGUUCCCACAUUUCUGUUGGAGUUCAUAACUCCUAUUGUAAAGGCUACACAUAGAGAUGGGAGAAGAAAAGAAGCCUUCUAUACAAUGCCCCAGUAUGAAGCUUGGAAACAAAACCAGGGAGCAGAUGCAAAGAAUUGGACUAUUAAGUACUAUAAGGGGUUGGGAACAAGCACAGAUCAGGAAGCCAAGGAAUACUUCCAAGAUCUUGGAAAGCAUAAGAAGGAUUUUGUUUGGGUAGAUGAACAAGAUGGGGAUUCGAUAGAACUUGCCUUCAGUAAGAAGAAGAUCGAAGCUAGGAAGAAUUGGCUCCGACAAUUUGAGCCUGGCACUUACCUUGAUGAUCAAGAUGAACACGUAAAGUAUCGUGACUUUGUCCAUAAGGAACUUAUACUGUAUUCUAUGGCUGAUCUUCAGAGAUCGAUUCCAUCAAUGGUUGAUGGAUUGAAACCUGGCCAGAGAAAGAUACUUUUCUGUUCCUUCAAGAGGAACUUCAUUAAAGAAGCAAAAGUUGCUCAAUUCUCAGGUUAUGUGUCUGAACAUUCGGCUUACCAUCAUGGAGAGCAAAGUCUUGCUAGUACCAUUAUUGGUAUGGCGCAAGACUAUGUGGGGAGCAACAAUAUAAAUCUUCUUUUACCAAAUGGUCAAUUUGGUACACGUGGUCAGGGUGGCAAAGAUCAUGCGAGUGCCAGGUAUAUUUUUACGCAGCUGUCUCCCGUUACCAGGUUCUUGUUUCCAAAGGCAGAUGACAUCCUCCUUAACUAUUUAAAUGAAGACGGGCAAUCAAUUGAACCUACUUGGUAUGUGCCAAUAAUACCGAUGGUUCUUAUAAAUGGAAGUGAAGGAAUCGGGACAGGAUGGAGCACCUUCAUACCUAAUUACAACCCUCUAGAUAUCAUUGCCAAUGUGAGGCAUUUGUUGAAUGAUGAACCUAUGGAACCUAUGCACCCUUGGUAUAAGGGAUUCAUAGGUACAGUCGAAAGAAGUUCAACAAGGGAAGCUGGUAGUGGCUACACUGUUAGUGGAAUCAUAGAGGAAGUUGAUGAAACAACUUUAAGAAUAACAGAACUUCCAAUUCGGAAGUGGAAUCAAGAUUAUAAAGAAUUCUUGGAGUCCGUUUCUGCUCAGAAUGAUAAGAGCAAGGAUCCGUUCAUUGAGGACUGUCGUGAUAACAGUGGUGGGGAGAUUGUGCAUUUCUCUGUCCAUAUGUCGACUAACAAUCUUUUGGCUGCUAAGCAAGAAGGCUUGCUGAAAAAAUUCAAGUUGACUACUUCUAUAAGCACAAGCAACAUGCAUUUAUUUGAUGCUAAAGGUGUUAUCAAGAAAUAUGAUACCCCUGAACAGAUUCUUGAGGAAUUCUUUUACAUACGGCUUGAGUUCUACGAGAAGCGAAAGAAAACUUUGCUAGCCAACCUUGAGUUAGAUAUGCUGAAAUGUGAUAACAAAUAUAGAUUUAUUCGGUGUGUUGUUGACGGUAGCAUCAUUGUGAGCAACAAAAAAAGAGCGGAUUUGUUCCUGGAGCUGAAGCAAAAAGGUUUUACACCUUUUCCGAAAAAUAAGGGUGUAGCUGAAAUUUCAGUUGCUGGCGCAGCCAAUGAUACAGAAGAAGGUGAAGAAAGCAGUGAUGUGGCAAUUGCCCCAGGAGUUUCUGCAGGUGAUUAUGAUUAUUUGCUGUCUUUGGCAAUUGGCACAUUAACAGCAGAGAAGCUGCAAGAGUUGCGCGCAGAGAGGGACAAGCUCACUCAAGAAGUUGAAGAGCUGAGAAGAGCAACCGUGAAGUCCUUGUGGCUUAAAGAUCUUGAUGCUCUGCAGUCCAAAUAUAUUGAAGUGCUAACAAAAUGUGAGAGAAAUUGGGAGGAGAAUAGACAAAGGAUACUUGGGGACACGAAUGUGUUGAAACCACUACCAAAAAAUCCACGCAAAAAUAAUAAGAAGGCUAGCAACAAAGAAUCUUCAACUGCAGCUACAGUGCCCAUGGAUGUUGCUGAUAAAACUGCAACGGAAACAGUUGGUGAAAAAGUCAAGAAGCCAAGAGCGAAAGCUGCUGCCAAAAAGAAAAUUCCAGCUGAAAAGGUUGAUGAUGAAGAUGAUGAUGAUGAUGUAGGUGAUCUGAGGAAACGUAUUGCUGCCUAUAAUUUUGAUUCGUCUCCUGAUCGUUCUGAAGAUAUGGAAACUGAUCAGCAUCAGGUGCCAGCAAAGACCAAGCAACCUAACAAGACUGCUUUACAAAAGAAGUCACAGUCAACGCUUUCAGAAAUAGCCGAUGAUGAUGAUAUCGCUGAUGUUGAGGUCAUUGAUGAUGGUGAGAAGAAAAAGAAAGGAGGUGGCAGAAAACCGGCCAACUCAAAAGCGGCCAAACCGCCACUUGGCGGCACCAAGAAAAGAGGAGCCACAGCAGGUAGCAACAAGAGCUUAGGACAGAAGUUGAUAUCUGAGGUUCUGAAGCCAGUUGAGAAUUCUCCUGAAAGGAAAGUGAGGAAAAUGAGGUCUUCACCUUUUAACAAGAAAAGCAGCUCGAUUCUUGGAAAAACAAUCAUUCUCGAUGACGAUGUACAGGAGAGCUCACCCGAGAAUUCUAGCAUUGGCAGUACAAUGGAGGCCAGGCAAGAAGAUGUGGUGGUGGCCCCGAAAGGUAGGCCUCAGAGGGGGAACAGGGCAAAGGCGAGCUAUGUUAUUAGUGAUGAUUCUGAGAGUGAUGAUGCUGAAGAUGUUGAUGCGGUUGAAUUCAGUGAUGAUUCUGAAUUCAGUGAUGAUGACUGA